GCAAAGCGGAAGCCUACAAGUCCCAGAAUGCAAUGGCGGAUGGUCCUCGUGUUCACAAAGAAGCCGCUGCGGUAGUCCACGAGGUUUCCUGUCUGAAUGAUGUAUGCGUGCUGGCUAGUGAGCAAAGACAGAAACUGUCCACGAAUAAGAUUGCCACAUUUAGAAGUGGUGGUGAUCGGACGAGGCCCAGAGACAGAAAUUACAGACAAGAAGUGUUCACGAAGACAAGUACAGCUAAAAGCAGACUGCAACAAAGGUUUCGUCAAGGUUAAGCAGAUAGGAGUCAAUCCAACCAGUGUCGAUCUGGAGGAGAUCGGCAAGGACCAGGAAAUUAAACUGAAGCCAGGACAAACCCUCCACAUUGUCAAUAAACUGUAUCCCUAUGCUGUACAGUUCCAAGAAGGAAUGGGAGCAUGCAUUGGUGGGGCAGCCACGAAACUAAAAAUUGAAAAGCGGAUGCAGGUAGAAUCCAAAAACCUCAAUGAGGAGGAAAGCGUGCUUGGAAAGCGUGUAAAAUUGGACCAAGAGGGCCAACGAGGCUGCAAGUUGGGUUGCAGUCUGGAUGAUGGAAAAAAUCCCACUUUUGCAUCUGAAAAAUCUUCUGGCAAGAAGGAAUUUGGGGGGCACUGGAGUCAAGGGCUGAAAACUUCCAUGCAAGACCCAGACAUGCAGGUUUACAAGGAUGAAAGGGUGGUUGUUAUAAAAGAUAAGUAUCCCAAGGCUCGCUAUCAUUGGUUAGUGUUGCCAUGGCAAUCCAUCUCCAGCUUGAAAGCCGUGACUGGGGAGCAUCUUGAGCUGCUGGAACACAUGCACAUUACGGGGGAAAAGAUGGUCCAGCAGUGCCCUGAGAAAGACACUUUCGGCUUCAGGUUGGGCUACCAUGCCAUUCCCAGCAUGAGCCACAUACAUCUUCACGUCAUCAGCCAGGAAUUUGAUUCCCCUUGGCUGAAAAAUAAGAAGCACUGGAAUUCUUUUACUACAGAAUACUUUCUAGAUUCCCAAGAUGUGAUUGGGAUGGUCAAGAAAAAAGGCAAAAUAACUGUAAACAACCAGGCCCCUGAAAUCCUGAAGGCGCCUCUGAGAUGCCACGUUUGUAAAGAGCUGCAACCCACCAUCCCUCAGUUGAAGGAACACCUUCGAAAACAUUGGCCAAAAUGACCAGAAGACCAUUUGUUGCAGAAUUGAGUUUCAUUGUUAACAUGCUAAUUUAAGAACGUACCAAGUUUUCUUUUAAAAAAACAAACAACGCACCAACUCGUCAGUAUUUAAAAUUACUUCCGUGACACAGUGCGAGAAAUUCCUGAUAGGACAGAUAUUAAGCAGGGAAGAAACACUGUGGGUAAAAUAGCCUCUAUGUUCAGUGGAUUUAUCUGAUCCUUUGCCUCAAAAGUUUACUAAAUCUAGAUUGGUUGUGUUUGUUAUCUUUGGAUAGGAGGGAGAAGUAUCCCUUGUUUCCCCAAGGGGAUUUAUCAGCCUGUGAGUGUGGAGAUGGACCUGAUAUUUAACAAUAGUGUUGGACAGCCUUUGAAUAAGAUCAGAAUUGGUCCUGCAAGCAAAAAAUGGGUAAUUUCGCCAAGGGCUAAGCUAAUGUCUGAACUCUGGUCUGGAAGUCCCAAGUUGUAAAUUGUUCAUCAUGUGUGCUCUAGGGAGGCAGUUCCUCAUACUUGCCAGUCACCUUUCUUGCACAAGAGUAAGGUUAGGGAUACUUCAGGUCCAUUGUCAAGCUUACAAGCGAAAGGUUUAAUCCACUAUCACCCAUGGAAAAAGCCUAGCCAGCCGGCAAAACAGAAAAAUGCACAUAUUCUAGGGUGGAAUCAGAUGAUGUGGCAAACACAGAGACACCCCGCCAUUUUGUACUAGUGAAUUCCUACUGGGGAACAUUUUUAACAGCACUGUAAGGGCUCGAGUCUUGUUGGGACCACUUCAAAGCUCUCAAAUGGUGUUCCCCUGUGAGAAUUCACUCCUUCAAAAUGUGGGGCAGAUUUGGGGAUGCUGCAUUGUUUAGUUCAGUCCUGGCAGGCAUCAAGGAGGAAGGAAGCAGAUGUUGGGCGUCCCAGAAGACUUGAGUUGUGUUCCUGCUCCCAGGACAAUGCUAUUGAAGUAGUUCAUUCUAGUUGGGCUUUUGGGAGCAUCAGAACAUGCAUGUGUGCUCCCUGGGUUAAACCAUUUACUACAUCACUGCGGCUGGACCCUGUGCGUGUAAUCCAACUGCGGGGGCCAUUUUGUGGUUUUUGUUCAUAAGAUGGAGGCUUCUGCAAGGGAAGAUGGGGUGAGAUUUGUUCUCUGCAAUAGUAUUCUGAAGUUUUUUAGCCAGUGUUUCUUCUGUAUUCUCCUUUCCUACUACCCGUUUUUUGCAAUAAAAAUUAUUUGUUGUAAUUAA